AUGGUUGGUGUUAGCAAGCAUGCGCUUAUUCCACCAGCAGGUUUGCUAUACUUAACGAUCAAAAUCGGGAAUAAGAAACGAAAGCGGAUUCGCACUGCGGAUCUCACUGCUACACCCGCGGUGCCUUUGGCCCGCGGGGCUAACACGCAUCUCCGCUGUUUUGCAAACCCAAGCAUUGCGGGAUUUAAUUGCUUAGACGCAUUAGCGCGGAAAGGAAUUAGACCGGAAUCACGAGACGGUGUUUCAGCGGAGAAACGAAGCGUUCAUUGCGCAAAAUGCAGUCCAAACGAAAAGCAAGGACCAGGGCAACGCCGCGCGAUUACAACAAGAGAAACGAACGUAGAGAAAGUGAAAUGGUGCUGA